CAGCGUGUCACGGCACAAGAUAAGGGAUCUAGCGUUAUAGCGCCUGCCAGCUCCCCGCCUCCAAAACCUGUGUGAUUCAGGUUUUGACAAAAAUUCAACAAACGAGUCCCAUUCAAGGUCCGGUUUGGAAGAGGUGCAUUACGCAAGAGAAAAACGGCCACGAAGUGCUUUUAUCAACGUUUUGUUUACAUGGAAAACGGUUCUCCUCCUGCGUUAGUCUGUCAUCUGAUUCCGGCUAAGCGCGCGUUUAGUGAGUUAGAAAGUGGUUACCCUUUUUUACGACGUUACGCGACGAGAACUCCCACUUGGUGGUCGUGACGCGGAAAAGCGCAAAACGCGGAACCGGCCAACCGCCCAGCCAGCGCUGUAACAAAAGAACGAGAUCACGAACGCGAAUGGAACGUUGGUUUUGGGAGGGGCAGCAGCUGCAGCAGUGAAGGCUGCUUCGAUCGCAGCAACAACUUUCAUUUUAACGGUCCACUGUGAACAGAACGGACGCAAGUUCCGAAUAGUCCGCGUUGUCGUUGUUAAAGGGAAACAAUAUGAGUGAUCAACAGUACAGUGCGCUCGCCAAGGAGCUAUCUCAGUGGCACCAGGAGCAUCUACUGACCUUUUGGAAGGAGCUGACCGAGGACGAGCGCAAUGGGCUGGUGGAUUCAAUUUCUUCAAGCAUGGAUUGUGCCACGUUGGACGAGGCGUUCAAACGCGCCAUGGCAACCGACACGUCGGCGAAGGAAGACUUGAAUGAAUGGUUGAGACCGCUGGCCAAGGAUAUGUUGCUUUCGGUGGACGACACGACGGAUGCAGAGCUGCAGGACUUCCGGCAGCUUGGAUUGGAACAGAUUCGCUUGGGUAAGGUGGGUGUGAUAUUGUUGGCUGGUGGUCAAGGUACGCGGCUCGGUUCAACGGCCCCCAAAGGCACGUACAACAUGGGAUUACCUUCCGGAAAAUCGCUUUUUCAACUUCAAGCCGAACGCAUCCGCCGACUGCAACAGCUGGCCGGAGAGGGUGCACGCAUUCGGUGGUAUAUUAUGACCAGUGAGCAUACGCACACCGAGACACUCGAAUACUUUAGACUGAACCGUUACUUCGGGCUCCCGGCGGAGCAGAUUCGUAUGUUCCGGCAGCGAAGUGUACCGUGCGUGGAUUUCGAGGGGCGUAUUAUAAUGGACCAAAAAUGGAAAUUAGCUACCGCACCCGACGGCAACGGUGGCAUUUAUCGUGCGCUGAAAGAUGAAGGAAUUUUGGACGAACUGCAGAGGGAGGGAGUACGGUAUCUGCAUGCUCACAGCGUCGACAAUAUACUGAUCAAGGUGGCAGAUCCGGUUUUCAUAGGCUACUGCAUUCGCAAGGAGGCUGACUGUGGAGUAAAGGUGAUAGAAAAGAUCAAACCCGACGAAGCAAUCGGUGUACUGUGUGAGGUCAAGGGAAAGUAUCAGGUCGUCGAAUACAGCGAGCUAUCGAACGAGUCGGCCAAUCGACGGAAUCCCGAUGGAAAGCUAACGUUCAAUGCGGGCAAUAUAUGCAAUCACUUUUUCACGACGGAAUUCCUGCGCCGCAUCGCCGAAACGGUACUGCCGUUGCACGUGGCAAAGAAGAAGAUCCCUUUCAUCGACACCGCUGACGCUGAAGCAACGAGAGGCCAAAGCAUAAAACCCGGCAAACCGAAUGGCAUAAAGAUGGAAAAAUUCAUCUUCGAUGUGUUUCCGCUGGCGGAACGAUUCGUCGCACUUGAGGGUCGACGGGAGGAGGAGUUCAGUGCGCUUAAAAAUGCCGAUUCCGUUGGAUUCGAUUGUCCAUCGAGCGUGCGUAACGAUAUUUAUCGGCUGCACCGGAAGUGGCUGCUCAAUGCCGGGGCACUGGAAGUUACUCAGUCCGAUAAUGCCAGUGAUUGCGAAAUAUCACCGCUCCUAUCAUACGCCGGUGAAGCACUAGAGAAAAUUACAGCCAGUAAAAGCUUUCACUGUCCCGUCCAUCUUAUGGCUGAUGAUGAGGAACAACAGAACAAGUAGGCGGCGGUGAUUGGGGCUAGCUUACGUGCAUGUUGCCGACCCACUUCAUACACUACAACACACAUCACAUAAAUGCCGGGUUAAUCGCCUUUAUUAUCAGCCGCCCGGGGGUGAUCGUGGCGAGCACUUGAAACGCUAUCACGCUAUUCGUCACCGUCGAGCCGAGGGAGGAAGUGCAUCUCUGUGUGCAUCAACGCGCGGCUGAUUGACCUACUAUUGAUCUACUCAAAUCAAAAAAUGAAUCUAUCCCAGCCCUGCCUCCUCUACUACGCUUUGCCUUUGUUUAGUGCGCUUAUCGUACACAUCACAGCACAAAGCCGGACACGCCGGUGUGCGCAAUAUACGCAAGGAUUAAGAAGAUUGUGUGUAUCUCAAAACUCGAUUAUUAUUUUUUAAUCAUUCGCCUUCUUCGUUCUUUAUCUUACUGUCUGUUCUUUUUUUUUUUAAAUGAAUUACAUUGACGCGCCUACUUUAGAAAAUUGCAAUAAGGAGAGAACGGAAAGCGUUAUUAUCUCAACAUUGUAGUGCAAUUCCUAGACCAAGCUCAGUGAGCAAAAAAGAACAAUAUUUUAACAGUUCCACACAUUCCCAUCACAAUCAGACGUUGAAAAGAGAUUUGAUAGAGCACUGUUUUCACGAUUACAUGUUGGCAAAAGUGUGCCCAACUCUACAACAGUGACAGUUAGCUAGCGCUCGUACUCUUACGAACGGAGAAUUGCAUGUUUAUAAUCCGUUGCAAUAUCGUGGUUCUGAUAACCGAUGUUAUAUUCUUCUAUGAGAGGGCAAUUUUAUUUCUUUACGUUCUGUUUUAUCUGUUGUCUAUUGUUGCUUUUUGAAAAUAAAUCUUUUAGAAACGAAAUGUUUUACCAAUCUA